GUAGUGGGAGGCGCGUGAGAACAUGCAUGCACACACACCACCAUAAUGAUGCCGAACGGACAGCAUCUGCACCGGUGUUGUUUGACGCUGAUGUGCGGUUAAAAGAAGACUUGCGGUGCGGUGCGUAAAGAGCGCGCGCACGAGAGCGAAAGAGAGAAUCAUGAGCGUCGCGCUGAAGAGCUGGAGGGUCAAUGAAGGUCCGAAACACUUGAUCAUGAUGGUUUGGGUUGCAGUGAAUGUGUUUCUGUUCUGGAGAUCAUUCAUGCUGUACUUCAGCGGCGCGCAGUAUUACUAUCUACAUCAGAUGCUGGGGCUGGGCCUCUGCAUCAGUCGAGCGUCGGCCUCUGUCCUGAACCUCAACUGUAGUCUGGUGCUGCUGCCGAUGUGCCGAUUACUGCUCACCUUCCUGCGCGGCUCCCAGCGGGUGACCAGUAGACGUGUCCGUCGGCUGCUGGACAAGAGUAAGACGUUUCAUGUGGCGUGUGGAGUCUCUAUAUGUGUCUUCUCAGUGGUGCAUGUGUGUGCUCACCUCGUGAACAUGGUCAGUUUCUCAGUGAGAUAUUCAGAGGAUUUCCCUGCGCUCAAUGUCGCUCAGUAUCGAGGACAGGAUCCCACAGUUCUCAUCAUCAGCACAGUUCCUGGAGUCACUGGAGUCCUGCUGGUGCUGGUGUUGUUUCUGAUGUUCACAGCGUCGUCUUACUCUAUUAGAGUCUCAAACUACGAAAUAUUCUGGUACACUCACAACCUCUACAUCGUGUUCUACAUCAUCCUGAUGGUCCACGUAGUGGGGGGAGCUUUAAAGUAUCAGUCAAACGUGGAGGCCCACCCUCCUGGCUGCUUGCACAGCAAUCUCAGUUCAGGCUCACGGACCAAUCACAGAGCAGCAGGAGAGAAGGGGGAGGAGCUCUCACUACAGAUGGUUUGUCAAGAAGAGGCCCGUUUCCAACCACAUUUCCCACAGACGUGGUUGUGGGUGUCGGGUCCUCUCUGCCUGUACUGUGCCGAGCGCUUGUAUCGUUUCAUAAGAAGCAGCGCUGCUCCUGUUACCAUAGUUUCUGUCGUUAGCCAUCCCUGUGAUGUCAUAGAAUUGCGCAUGCUGAAGAAAGGCUUUAAGCCCCGCCCUGGACAGUACAUCCUGCUGAACUGUCCGAGUGUGUCGUCAUUUGAAAACCAUCCCUUCACUCUCACCACCUGUCCGACCGGGACUAGUGAAACAUUCGGCAUUCAUCUCAGAGUGCUGGGAGACUGGACCUCGAGAUUUUCUCUUCUGCUGCUUCAACAGUCGAACAGCUCAGAGAUCCUUCCCAUGAUGCAACAGAGGCGAUAUCCCAAGCUGCACGUGGAUGGUCCGUUUGGCAGUUCGUCAGAGGAGGUGUUUAAUUACGAGGUCAGCGUGUGUGUGGCGGGAGGGAUCGGAGUCACGCCGUUCGCCUGUGUUCUACAAGCUCUCUUUGAUGACUGGCGUCAGUAUAAGUUGAGGAGGAUGUACUUCAUAUGGGUCUGCAGGGACCUUCUUUCCUUCUAUUGGUUUGCUGAUCUACUGUGUGGCCUUCAUGAGCGGCUGUGGCGGGACAAUCGUCCAGACUAUCUGAAUGUUCAGCUCUACCUCAGUAACACUCAGGGAUUACAGAGCAUCGGUGAGGAACGUUACCGUUUCUUGAGCUCCAGGCUUCGGAUUGGUCGACCAAAGUGGAGGCUCCUUUUCCAGGAAAUAGGGAGAGCCAAUCAGCUUAAAAGAGUGGGUGUUUUCUGCUGUGGACCCAAAGGGAUCUCGAAAGCGUUACACACUCUGUGCAAUUCAAACCCACACUCGGGAACUGCCUUUGAGUACAACAAAGAGUCCUUCAGCUGAGGGAGCGCUAACCAAUCGAUUAAUGCCAGAAACCUAAGGUCAACCGACCAAUCGAUUAAUGCCAUACACCCGAGGAAUGAGGAAAAAUGCACAUUCGUCCUCGUCUAAAAACCAAUCCUCGGACAAUGAGAGCCAGGAAAGCGUGUAGCAAGAGGGAAAAUGUGCAGUUUUGCUCAUAUUCAAGGAAUAUUUGUGAUUCUGCAUGUGGAGUUUGUCUACAUGAACCCUUUAAAACUCGUACCUAAAAAAGUACCAGUUCACCCAAAGAUGAACAUUGUGACAUCAUUUACUCACACUCAUGUCAUUACACACGUUUUAUUGGCUUUUAUUUCGGUGUAUUUUAUACCUUUACAAACACAAACUUGCACAUAAAGCAUACAUUCUCGUUCGUUUUAAAUAUUUAUUUUGUACGGCACAAUAGUUUUUCGACAUUUGUAUUGUUCAUAUUUUAUUAUUAAGAUUUAUUUGCUCAUGAAAGUGUUCAAAUGAACUGCGGUGUUGUAAUAACACUGCCAAAAGAAUUUAUUUAAUCACUGAUUAGUCUUUUUAAUGUUAUUUUGUAUGCAUAUUAAAUAUAAAGAUACAGUACGUAAGUGUCACAGUGACUGUUGAAGCACCAUAAAUAUCAUUGAGAGACCAAUACAAGCUCACCGUUUAUUUAUUGCAUUAUGCAACAAUAUGCAUUUUGAAAAUGGUAAUCUGACCUCACUAUUGUGCAUUUGCAAUCGUCUCGGAAAUGAAAGUAUCGUUUUGCAAUUUAAAUCCAAUG